GACGCGUCUCACGUGACUCCAAUAGCGCGUUUAGCGCGUCUUUCACAUGCACCCCGCCUGCGGUGGCGCUCAAAACGGCACUCGCCUCUUUUGCCUUCUCCAUGGCGCUGUACGAUGCACUCCGACCUCACAACGAAAUGCUCGAUGAGCUGUACAGGGAUAACGUACAUCUGGUGUUUAGUCUUCAGAAAACACUUCUCAGAGAUGUCUUGCCCGACUUGGCCGAGGAACUAUCGCUGGAAGCUGAGGAGGCCCAGAAGUUGGAUGAAUGGUUACGUGACGUGGCAUCACUAUUUCGUAUAUUGAAGCGCCAUAGAUUCGUGAUCUCCUUCGCGCUCGAAGAUGCACGGAAGAUACUUGUGUGGCGUGCUCUCUCUUUUUCACCCGUGAUAGACUCUAUUCCUCCAUUCCUGCGAUGUUUUCCGUCCACUUGUCAUGAUCCAUUCGGGCGUCCAGUGCUAUUUACGAAAUUAGCGGCCAUGGCUGACAUCUCGCACACUUCUAAACAUGCUCUCCUACAAGGAAUGGAAUUACUGCGCAUCCACAUGGCGCAAUUGAAUACAGAUGAUCAGCGCAUGGACACGGACACAUUGCCGAUAUUUCAAUACGUUCUUCUGCUCGACAUCGGGAACAUCUCCGUACAGAAUCUAUAUCAGAAACAGGUGGACCUCCUGAAAUGGUUUGUACAGGAAGUUAUACCUUAUUUCCCGGGGAUGCUGGCGUCAGUUAUAGUUCUGAACUACUCAUGGACCCAUUCUGGCUUCUGGAAUCUAUUGAGACGAGCCCUACCAUCCUCCGCAAUGUCACGCGUGUUUUUUCCGACUGAAUCUGAGCUGCUCGAAUAUUUUUCUCCCUAUCAUCUGCCAUCAGAUUUCGGUGGUCAACUUCCACCGUUAACGGCGCUGGAUGACCCCCUGCAGGGCCACGUCAGGAGAAGCGACGACGGAGAAAAGGCAGGACGCAUAUCCGCAUUCAGCAAUGAAGCACCAAAUAUACCCCAUACCAACUCCACAAGUCAGGCCGCUGCUGGUCAAUUCCAGUCGCCCACGUCUCCUAGCAAUCCUUUCUUCGGAUAUCCCGUGCGUUACGGCACUCCGGUCCCCACCCUGCUUCACGGCCGGCGACGCAAACGGGAUUUAUUCCGCGUGCUCGCGCGAUUGUUUUGGGCACGGUGGAAGACACGCGUCGUGGUCAUCCUUGGCAUAUCCGUGGCAUUCAUCAUCCGGCGAAUAUCGCGCCGGACAUCUUGGAAGGCGAUCUAUCGCGUGUUGCAGACCGCAGUCGAGCAUGUAAUGACUAUAUGAUGCCUGGAAUGCCGAUACCGGUGGCAUGGAAAGUGGACUCCUCUCGUCCUCUCGUCCGAUUUGCGGACGCUAUCAUGACAUCAACCAGUUGUCUAGCAUACCCUUCUGUGUACCUGCCACUUUCAGUGGGUUACCAGGUGGAUAGCAGCGUCUUAGCUUGAAGUGUCUCAGAGGCUAUUGUUUCAUGCGCGGAUGACAGAUUGGAGUGUGUUUUAGCUGAUUUCGUUGCGAUGACUUACAUGUCAGAUAAUGUUGCGAAUCUAUCAAGGUGCUAAUAUGCAGCUGUAGUCAAAGACGGCACCGCCAGAUGCAUAAAAGGUUCGUUCGCACCAUACCUCGACGCAUAACCUCUC